AUGGGGGCACUUAUCAGUGAUUCCCAAAGUGCUUUUAUUGACAAGCUUUUCAAAUAUCACCCAAAAUGCUCAAAGCUCAAAAUCUCCCAUCUUUUCUUUGCUGAUGACCUGCUACUAUUUUACAAAGCUGAUAUCUACUCAAUUGCAAAACUGAAAGAAUGCCUAUCUGAAUUCAGUCAAGUUUCUGGGUUGGAGACUAAUCCAAAUAAAUGUUCCAUAAACAUGAGUGGAAUUGGGGAGGACUUGAAAACCCAUAUCUGCUCUCUUUUGAAUUUUGCUAAAGGAAGAUUACAACUUAUCAAAUCAGUCAUCCUAGGCAUACAAAAUUUCUGGACUAACAACUAUGUUCUGCCAACAAAGGUAUUGAAGAAAAUUGAUAGUCUCUGUGCAGAUUUCCUAUGGAAUCAUAAAAUCCAUUUGCUGUCCUGGAAGACAAUUUGUCAAAGCAAGGAACAUGGAGGGCUUGGGGUUUUCUCUGCAAAAAUCUGGAAUACUGCAGCUGCAAUCAAGCUUAUUUGGAUGAUACAUCUUAAGAAAGGUUUGUUAUGGAUUAAAUGGGUGCAUGGAAAUUAUCUCAGACAGUUCAAUAUUUGGCAAGUACAAAGUAAAGUAAAUGACUCUUGGAUGUGGAAACAAAUAAUUAGAGUGAGAGAUAAAGUGAUUUGCAAGCUGGGAGAUGUUUCAAAUGUCCAGAAUGUCAUCAGUAAGUGUUGCUCUGGAAGUAAUUUUCAGAUAUCUGCUUUUUACCAUGAGCUCAUCAAUCAAAAUGUUAAUACACAAAUGGUCUGGUCUAAAACAGUCUGGGAUGAAUGGUCAUAUCCUAAACAUUCCUUCAUCUCUUGGCUUGCUAUCCAUUCUAGACUGUUAACAAAGGAUAGAUUAUGUCACAUGAGGAUUCUUGACAUCAAUCAACAUCAUAGGGACUGUGUUUUGUGCACGUUUCAGCAACAAGAAACCUGCAGGCAUCUCUUCUUCGACUGUGCAUACUCAGCUGAACUCUGGAAUAAUGUUAUGGUAUGGCUGAAAUACAAAUGGAAGUCUUGCAAUUGGGAUUCUAUUAUAGACUGGUAUAGCUCUAAUCUGAAAGGAAAGGGGUUUAUGAAGAGAAUUAAAAGAAUGGCUUUAACUGUAUCAAUCUAUGCUAUAUGGAAGGAAAGAAACCAAAGAAUAUUCCAGCAGAGAACACAAGAUCCAGCAACAAUUUUUCGAAGAGAAAAUCCUGGUAUUUUGAUGUUCUACACAAUUUACACAUUUGGAAAAUGA